AUAGUAUUGACGUCAUUGAUGGCUAUAAUAUUGAYACACAUGUGGAUCAAAUGUGUGUCUUUUAGUUGAUUAUCACCGCAAACAAUGUCAGUCAUAACAAACACUACAUUCAAAUGUUUGUUACCAAUUGGUCGUCAUUUGAAUGGACAGUCCAUCAGAUGUUAUGACUCAACUGUACCACCAAUUCGUGUCUUUGUUAAGGAUCGUUUUAAACAUUUUGUGGACAGUUUACGAAUAAAAGUCACCGGAGGUCCCGGUGGUCACGGAUUACCUAAAUUUGGCGGAAUAGGCGGUAAAGGCGGUAAUGUCUUUGUGGAAGCAGUCGAUGGCAUUAAACUUAAAAAAAUCAACGAAAAAAUCAAACAAUUUAAGGGACAGUCGGGAGAAAAUAGUGCUCACUAUAGAGUCAUUGGCAAAGACGGUGCCGAUUGUGUGAUCAAAGCACCGGUCGGUGUGACUAUUAUUAAUGAAAUGGGAAGAAAAUUGGGUGAAUUGGAUAAAGUGGGCGAUAAAGUGUUGGUAGCUUUAGGUGGACCGGGAGGUAAUGUGAAGAAUAAUUUUUGUGGUCUUAAGGGACAAAAACAGAUCAUCACAUUAGACUUGAAACUAAUAGCUGACUGUGGAUUUGUAGGCUUUCCAAAUGCUGGAAAGUCUUCAUUAUUGAAAGCAAUAUCAAGAGCUUCACCAAAGAUAGCUAACUAUCCAUUCACUACAAUCAACCCAAACAUAGGAGUCAUGCAAUUUGAUGAUAUGAGACAAAUAAGUGUUGCAGACUUACCCGGUCUGGUGGAGGGCGCGCACAUCAACAUCGGUUUGGGACAUAAGUUCUUGAAACACAUUGUAAGGACAAAACUACUUGUCUUUGUUAUCGAUAUCAAUGGAUUCACAUUUAGACCCGAAUGGCCUCAAAGGACACCAUUAGAUACAUACUUAUUAUUGAAUCGAGAAUUAGAACUAUUCGACGACACUCUUCUCAAUAAACCUGCAAUUCUUGUUGUGUCUAAAAUUGAUAAUAAAAAAUGUAUAGAAAACUAUGAGAUAUUUGUUGAUCAACUUAAAGAUUUUAAAGAAAAUAAUAGUAAAAAUUUGAUUAAUGAUAUGAAAUCAAAUAAAUUUAUACAUUUUGAUAAAAUAAUAGGCGUUUGCUCUAAAAAUGGAUAUAAUAUACCAGAACUUAGAGAUAUUAUAAGAAAUAUAAUUGAUUAUAAUUGU